UAUAAUUCUCCUCUUUUGCAAACAGCUUGCCCAAACAGAGGCACAGUGACAGUGUUCAGAGCGGGCGCCCGCCCUGCCCUCCAUUCCUCGUCACUGGAAACCCGUCCUCAUAAAAAAAAAAAACAAAAAAAACACUUCCUCACACAACGAGGAUCUGCUGCUGCUGCGGCUAGAUGAAAACCAAACAGUGCCCCUCCAACAUGCGACAUCAACUCCUCUCCUACAGAUUUUCGGUGCCGUAGUCGCUCCAAACCCGGAUAUGCUUCUUGUGCGGGGAGAAAAGGCGAAGCGGCAGCGGAGAGCAGAAUGAGAGAGGCGCGGCGGCGGGAGAGCGGGACUCAAGAAGCUGUUUUUUGCCAGUUUUUUGCCACAUAUCAUGACCGGAGUGAAAGUUGAUGAAGAGGAGAAAAGAAAUGGUUAAGGUCUCGGUCUCUCGCGCGUCUGCUGAGAAGCUCACUUCCUAUCAGACUGGCUGCUGCUGCUGCUGCUGCUGCUGAAGUGGAGCUGCAGCUGUAGCUGGAAGAAGUGAAUUCUUUGAAGGCAGGGGGGCUCCGGAGAUGCCGCUCCCUCAGGGCAUGCUGCUCUGCCUGGGCAUGCUGCUGAUGACUGGUGGGGGGGUCAUAGUCCUGUGCUUGGGCCUGCCUUAUCAGUCAGCGCCGCUGUUUGGGGUCGGGCUGUUCCUGGGCCUGGGCGGCGUGGCCCUGCUGGUCAGUGGACUCUGCAUGGCCAUGAAGAAUCUCCAGGUGGCAGUGCCCGGACACUUCCUCCUGCACCCGCGCACAGGCACGCGAUUCAGUCCACAGCAGGCACUGGCUAUACAAAGGAGGUUGGACAGAAUUCGUAGAGAGAUGUCAGAGGACUCUGUCAGCAGGGCACCGGAUCCUGAACCCUCCCUCCCAUCCACCCCACCGCCCUGGACUAUGGAGCCGCCUCCGUCCUACGACACAGUGAUGAAGAGCCAGGAGCUCAGCGAGCAGCUUUAACCUCUCUCUCUGGCGGACAUCUUUACUUUGUCUUUGUGCCUUUUUGUCUUUGGUUCUCAGCGGGAACCUUGAACAAGCAGUCGGUGCUAUGGAUGAACUCACGAGGGGCCUCUUCCGUGCCUUAAGACAGCCGCCCUGAACCCAAACACAAGCACAAGCCAAGAAGCAGGAAGAGACUGCAGCUGGUUUAAGACUUAAUAUUUGUACAGACUGAGCCCCAGUGUGGCCUCUGUGUCUACUAAACGUGUGUUUUGUGAUUGAUUGUGAAAGGAACCAAAAUGAUCACUGCAGCUGCUCCGCUCUCUACACUAAGGGCCUUUCUUGAGACUGAGAUUAUGUAACUUUUAAGAAGUUACGAGGUUAAAGUUAAGAGGUUCAUGUCGACAGUUUGGGUGUGAGCCUUCUGUAGACACCUGAUUAUGAUAUUUUAUUGGCCUGCUUGAAUUUAUGUGACCUACUACUGUUGCUGCACAGCUCUCUUCUUCAAACACGAUAAGAACUUUCCUCACAGCUCCUCUUUGUAUCUGCACUCUCUCAUUCACAGCUCAUUGACAGCUUACUAAUAUGCAAAGUGCCUUAACAAGUGACGGCAGAAUGUUAACAGUACAGCUUUGUAUCCUGUGUUUGCAGAAUGUCCACUGUUAGUUCUAUGUUGUGAUGUUACUAUAAACUAAAGUGAAUUAA